UUUUUUUUUUUUUUUAAAUCAAUUUUUUUACGUUUUUUUCAGGACGAUACGUCUACAUUUGAAGUUGAUCAUACCGAUUAUUUUACCACUACUCAGUUGUUUGACUCGAAGGAUGAGGUAGUGGUUUGGGUGAGGUUCGUUGCAAGAGGUCUUUUUGUGAAAAUAGUAAAAAGAAGCAGUCCUAAAAAAAAGAUUUUUUUGACUUGUGACCUAUUCGGGGAAAAACGAGAAUGUCCAUCAACUAAUCCAGACGCGCGCCCGAGAAGGACCGGUAGCAAAAAGAUAGGCUGUGGUUUUUAUAUUGUCGGAGAGCUACGAUGGGAUGAUAGAUGGGAGGUCAGAGUAAUAUACGGGAAGCAUAAUCAUGUUCCGAUAUACAAGUCCGGGCAUGGGAUGAGUGCAUUGUCUCAGGAGGAGGCGGAGAUCAUUAGUGAUCUGUCACAAAGUCAUGUGCCGCCCAAGAAGAUUUUGGCUAACUUGAGACAAAAUGGUUUGGGUCUCGAUGCUUAUUCGAAACAAAUAUACAAUCAGAAGGCGAAAUUGAAAAGACUAUCUAGGGGUGACCGUACAGUGAUGCAACAUUUGAUUGGGUUGCUUGAGGAGCAUAACUAUUACAAGUGGUUCCGUACUGAUGAAACAACACAUGCAGUUACUGAUUUGAUGUGGGCUCACCCUCAAUCUGUCGAAUUGUUAAGUAAGUUUCCGUACGUAUUACUACUUGACAGUACUUACAAAACCAAUCAGUACAAAUUGCCUUUGUUGGAGAUUGUUGGUGUUACUCCUGUCGGGAAAAAAUUUACUGUUGCAGUCGCAUUUUUGCGCCAUGAAAAUGAAGACCAUUACACAUGGGUGUUGCAAAAGCUGAAGAGACUUUUCCCCCCUCAGACUCUACCUAGUGCCAUCGUGACGGAUCGAGAGUUAGGGCUCAUAAAGGCGCUAGAGAAUGUAUUUCCGACCGUACCUCAUCUCUUAUGUCUUUGGCACAUUAACAUGAAUGUGGGGCGUCGUACUUCAAGAUGUCUCGGCAAUAGUAGGCGUCGCGGCACGGCUUUUGUACUUGGUAUGUGGCAAACUUUGGUAAAAUCAGUGUCUGAAGAAGAUUUCGCCAGGAAUUACACAGCUUUGAUUGACGAGUACACGAAUUAUCCAGAUUUGAUUGAGUAUCUCCAAUACACUUGGCUCGUAUACAAAGAGAAAUUUGUAAAAGCAUGGACGGAUCUAAUUUUCCAUUUGGGUAAUACAUCGACAAGCAGGGUGGAGAGCAACCAUAGAGCAUUGAAGAGAUGGUUGGAAUCGUCCACGGGUGGCUUCGACACAUUUUGGGCACAGUAUCACUCAAUGAUGAAAGAUCAAUUUAACGAGAUACUAGCCGAUUUUGCAAAAUCAAAGAGGAUUCGGCCCAGACGAUCAACGUGCCCGUAUUUAAAAUAUUGUCCAGUGGAAUUGUAACACAUAAUGCUCUGCAGAUGUUGGACGAUGAGAAGGAUGAAGACAUAGACGGUUGCGUCUGUUAUAUGAGGAAAUGUCUUGGACUCCCAUGCAGACAUGAA